AUGGAUUUAAGUAAUGAUCUCAAAAACGAACUAGCUUUGAUAAAAACAAGAAUUGAUAAAGAAGAAAGUGAUGUUCUUGAGCAAUUUUUAGCAAAAUGUAAAACGUCAGAAGAUGUUCAUAUAUUGACAGUACGAUACAAACAUUUGUUAGGUGAAAAAUAUUCUUCCGAUUGGGGUGCUUUUGUAUAUGAACCAAUUAAACGCCCUUUAAAAAUUGCAUACUUGCUCAACCCAGACAAAAUAUUUUAUAACGAAAUAGACUAUGUCAUUUGCAAUUAUUUGCGUAACGAAGGAGCAGAAGUAAUACCAUUUACAUAUAAUGAUUUUUUCUUCAAAGCUCACAGCAACGGUAUUGAUCUUUAUAUUAAUAAUGAAGCAACUGAGCUUGAUGGCUUUCUUUCUUACGGAUAUCGAAGUAAAGAAAACACGGAGAUAUAUAUGCACAUAGUUUAUAUGAUGGAACAAAAGGGUGUUACGUGUCUUCAUUCUUACGAUAUAGAUCGCGUUCUCAACAGUAAACUUCUGCAAUCUAUUCAUUUUGGAAAAGCAAAAGUUCCAAUACCAGAUACAUAUCAAACCUUUGAUAUUAAAAGUACCAAGUCACUUGUUGAUUCGGUAGACAUUGCACCGUGCAUGGUAAAGUUGCACGACGACUACGGUGGUGCUGGGGUUUCAAAAAUAGAUCACAAAAACGGCAUAGUUAACUUUGUCGGAAAGUGUAUUUGGAAAAAAGAAUACAUUUUAUUGCAAAAGUUUGUUCCAGAUUCAAUUGGUCGUUCAAUACGAGUACUAUGUUUCAAUGGAAAAACGUUUAGCAUCAUAGAAUUCGAGGAUUGUUCAGGGGCUAUUUUGUCAAAUGCGAGUUUCGGAGACAAGUUUAGGAUGAACUCUUUAAUGUUUCAUCCAAAAUAUAGUAUUUAUGCAGAAGUUGCUGAAAAAGCCAUAAGUUCAAUAGGGAAUAUACUAAUAGCAGGUAUCGAUAUUUUAGAUUCACAUGCAGAAGGUAUAGUAGUACUUGAAGUAAAUGGUUUUCCCGAUAUUUUCGAUAACUGGCUUACAACGGGAAAAUGCGGUUUUCAAAAGUUAGCUGAAUAUAUAAAUCGAAAAGAUCUUUACGCGAGUGAUGCUAUACCACCUCGUUUGUAUGACGUCGUAAAAGCCUACUAG